UUUUUGGUUUUCUUUUCUUCUUUCCCAAGAUCAAAAUUUUUGAAGAACACUCUCGAGUCUCGGAACAACUCCUUGUGACGAAAUCGAUGGCGAAUUCGGAGACGGUGAUGGCUAUGAUCAGAUUAGCUAGACCUCCCUUUCGCAACAACCACGAUAAGGUCGCUUUCGCUAUUCACGCUUCUUUCAUCUCUUCCGGUUACAUCCUCACUGCCACCGGACGACCAGCCUUCGCCGACGACGCUCUCUCUUCUUCUUCUUCUUCUUCUCAGGAUGAUGUUGGAAUCGACGGAUGGAACGAAUUUGAGGGAGAGUACGCGUUUGUAUAUGCGAAUCCGAAGAAAGGGUCGAAGAAAAUUUUGGUUAAGUGUUUGGCGAUUGAUGAGAAACUUGUUGUUGAUGCCAUAGCUGAUGGUGGAGCUGAACCUGCUCAUCUCGAGAUUAAAGUUGAGGAUUAUGCUCAGGAGAGCAACGAGGGGAAUUACGCUGCGCAGUUCAAGAAUUUGGACAAGUUGGUGAGUGAUUUGCAGAGUGGAAUUGUUGAUAAGCUUGAUGGAAAACCCAAACCUGUUUCUUCGAGAACUCAGUCCAGCUCUGAGACACAUGAAGAGCCUAGAUAUUACGAUGAUACGCCUAAUCCAUUAGGCCCUCAGAUUCACCCCUCAGGGGUGGUAGUUCCUCCGAUACCCGGUAAUGGAGGUUACAGUGAUCUCUUCCCUGGCCCAGGUGCUGGAAUGUACCCUGGAAGGGGUGGUUUUGGGGAUGGAAGCAUGCUUGUAGGGCCUGGUGAUCCUCGCUUUUUCCCAUUUGGUGAUGGUUCUGAUCGACCUGGCUUCAUGGGACCACCACAACCGGGUGUGCCACCUCCUGGUGCUCGUUUUGAUCCUUAUGGCCCACCCGGUGUUCCAGGUUUUGAGCCAGGCCGGUUCACAAGGCAACCUCCAAGAAGGCCAGGAGGCGGGCAUCCAGAUCUCGAGCAUUUUCCCGGCGGUUCAGAUUUUAUAUAGUAAAGUAUGUGCACAACUUAAAGUCUGGUAGUAACUAUCAUAUAGACUUGGUUUGCUUUUUGUCAGCUGUUUUGUUUUCCCUUGGUGUUGGUUUUAUCCCCCAGCUGAUUGUUUAUAACUUAAAUAAAUAUAAAUAAAGUUUUGGUUUAGUUUUA